UGUUUGCUUUAUAAAAUAGUCUCCAAUACGACUUCAUAUUACAUACCUCAGACUUUUUUCAGCAGUAUGGCAGACCAAAGUAUGUCUAAGUCGGUGUAUGUGGGGAUGUGUCGAAAGAUAGGAACCUCACAACAGGUGGCCUCCAGGAGAGAUAUAGCGGAUACGAAGCAGCUGUUGGAUGAUCAGAAUAAUGUGAGGAGAUCAAUGGUGAGUGGAAGCACAAGAGAAGGAUUCAGAUUACCCGAUUCAGACUUAGACACUAUGUUAUGGCCAACUAACCACCGAGUGAUCUGGGACAUCUCUCAGUCUGAGUUUUACAACUUACACAGACAGAUACUGAUUCUCUGUGAAAGUUCUGAGAGUCCAGCAGGAUUUACAUUACUUUGGUUACCAUUCGAACAUGCUAAUAAUUCGGUUUUGUCAGCAUUGAACAGAGCUGAGCAGGUAAUGUUGUCAUCUAGUGAGAGAAUGAAUGAUGGAGUUUUUUUAUCAAGUUCUAAACACAGAGAGAACAUGUGUACUUCAUUUAAUCCUAAUAGUAGAGUACAUGGACCAUGUAGCAGUGGAACAGAUGGUCCACUAGCAUACGAUUAUGCUCAUUGUUUUGUCAGUGAUUUUUGGCCCCCCUCAGCCUCCUCAUGGAUAGAAAGAUGUCACUCUUGGCCUCCCCUUCACGUUGCCGUUGACAUCGUUAAAAAUGGAUGUCACUUUGUAGCAAUAGGACACAAACUAGGAAACCAUGCAGACAACGAAUGGAGAAUUUCUUUCUCUCAGGCAGAAUACAAAAUUGUAUGCUCUAUGAAUCACACUCAAUUCCUAACUUACGGUUUGUUAAAAUUGUUCUUAAAGGAAAUUAUUAACAAUGGAUUAAGAGAUGAAGAUAAACUACUGUGUUCCUACCACAUGAAAACAGCUGUUUUCUGGACUAUUCAACAAAACACACUAUCUCACUGGUGUCCACAAAAUCUCCUGGCCGGUUUCUGGGCCUGCUUCAAACUUCUCGUUAAAUGGGUGUAUGAGGGGAUUUGUCCAAACUUUUUCAUUCCAGAAAACAACAUGUUUCUAAGCAAAAUUCAUGGCCAAGCACAAACAAGUUUAUUCAGGCGACUGUAUGGGUUGUAUAAGAAGGGUGUAGCAUUGCUGCUACACAGUCCCUCCAUCAGGUCCUCUAUCAUUGAUGUCCUCUGUAAUCCCGGACUAACGGUGUGUACUAAUGAAAAUACUCUGAUAUCUGAGGCUGAGUUUGAUAAAGAAUUGUUUGAUGAGAUAUUUAGUAAUGAUUCACAAAGGACGUCAGACCUUCAGCGCUGUGUGAAGAUCCUACACACAGUAGAACAUUUGAUAGACUCUUCUUUGACAAAGUAUCAUGUAGUUAGUGUAAAGAAAUUUACAGCCAGCAUCCUUCAAUGCAUUGCUUUUACAUUACACAACAAGUACCCCAAUACAGGUGUCAACAAACAGGUGUAUAUUGCAGACAAAAUAUCAUUGUACAUGCUGGAAUUAGCAACCAAGUUUGGGGUUGUCUCUGACUUGUUGUACAUUGCCAUGUAUUAUUACAAGACACUCAGAUAUAGGGAAGCUUUAUCUGUUUUAGAGACGACAAAGGUCAAGUUAGCACAGCCGUAUUUGAUCUAUAGGGAUAAUGUAGACAGAGAGAGGUAUACUGAGGCUGUAGGGGGACAGUCCUGGUCUAUAAAGAUGAGACAAGCUGUAACAAUGGAUAUUAUACUUGACAAUGAAAUAUGUUUUAUCAUUGAACUAUUACCGGAACAACAGUCUGGUAGACAGAACAGAUUGGGUGUAUUGUUUAUUCCACCGUUUGUACUGUUACACAUGCUAGAGUUUUUAUGUUUUAGACAUGUUGACAAAACGAGAGCACAAACAGUUCUAGAUGAUCUACAGGUACUAGUCCACGAUGAUCGGGGACUGUAUGUAAAAAAUAUAUAUAGAGACAUCUCCUGGGAUAUUCUAGGGAUCUGUCAACAGAUCACAGGGAACAUCCAGGCUGCCCUGUACUCAUUCCUGCAGUCACUCAGACAAUAUCCAUUCAAUGAAAUACAAAAUGCUACCAUACAGAGAAUCCAAGAGUUGCGCUUUUAAGUUCAGUGUGAAGUUAAUUUGCUAUAUGGCGAUAUUGUAUUAACAAUGGGUUUAGCUAUGCAAGUAACAAUAUUAUCAGUUUUGAAUGUAUGCUACAUGUAGGUAUUUGCAUAAAAAACUAUUAAUUGUAUCAUUCAACAAUAAAAUUUUGCUAAGAAAUACAAGUUCUUUUGAGAAACUUAAACAUUUCUUCACAGUUGCUAUGUAAACUGUCAUUGAAAUGUUACACAGUUGUUAAGUCACUUGAUUUACAUGUAUGUACCUCUGAUGGUAAAAACAUUACAGUAAUAGAUAUACACCCAACUUCUUUG